UCCAAAUGCUCUAAUGUCCUCAAUCCAAAUGCAUGUGCAUCGGAUCGCGGAUCGCUUUCUGCGUCUAUACCCCGAGAAAGAGCGUUUUCGAUUUGGUUGCUGGAAACGAUGAAGGGAGUGAUGGCCAUGCGUGCGCUCCUCAUCGCCUUGGCGGCCGUAUGUUCCGUAGCUGUGGCCUCGGCCACGUACAGCGACUACUGCGAGGGCGAGGACUGCCAUACUGGUGGGUGCAUCUGACCAGAUCUAUGGCGUAUACAUCACUCCUGAGCCACAUGUGGCUGUCCUUCCUGUCGCUGUGUGCAGAUGCGUCGUUUGUGGACCGCACUGACGAGAUUUCCCGCCUGCAGAUCGCCGGCACCCACAGCAACAAAGGUGUGCGCGGCAGCCAUGGACGACACACACAGCUGAUGCGAGAUGAAUGCACUGCGCACGUGGCGGCAUGGAUGGAUGGAUGGAUCUGUGUUGCCGCAUGGUGUGUGCAAUGUGUGUGUGCAGGUGUCUCUGGCCAUCAGUUCUAG